AUGACUCUUCGAGAAGUCAACGGUGUCACCAACGGCAGUCCCGCAGAUGUCGACCAAGACAAACACCUCCACCUCGACGCCGUGAUUGUCGGGGCUGGAUUCAGCGGUAUCUGCUCACUUCACCACCUGCGGAAACUCGGUCUCAAAGCCAAAAUCUUCGAACAGGGGAACGAAAUCGGCGGCGUGUGGCACUGGAAUCGAUAUCCUGGAGCGAGGGUGGAUUCCGAAUCACCACUGUACACGUUCCACAUCCCCGAGCCGUGGAACAAGUUCAAAUACAAGGAGCGGUUCCCGGACGCCAAAGAGCUCCGCCGCCAUCUCAACUACGCGUCCGACACGUUAGAGUUAAAGAAGGACAUCUACUUCCACUCCAAGGUGAUCCACGCCCAGUUCGACAAAGCCACAGGUCGAUGGACCGUCAAGACCAACGCCGGCCACACAGCCACCGCAAAGUACUUGGCCAUGUGUGUCGGCUUGCUACACAUACCAGGCACGGGUGAUUUCAAAGGCGCCAUGUACCACUCACCCAACUGGCCGGAAGGCGGUAGCGUCAAGGGGAAGAAAGAAGUGGCCAAGGAGGCCGACCACCUGGACGUCUACAUCCGCAAGAUCAGCUUCUGCCUUCCCAUGCACCAGAGGGAGAAUCGUGAGGACGAACACCUCCAGCACAAGGCCUAUUACCACUCGUGUUUCGCCGUGAGCAAGGAAUCUCGGGUCGGGUUUCCCGUCCAGGGUCCCAACUGCGGCGUCUUCGACGUCACUCCCAAGGAACCCAAUCGUCUCGCCUACGAUUUCUGGGCCAAAAAGACUCGGGCGAGGAUGACGGAUUCCAAGAAAUGGGAUUUCAUGGCGCCCCUCGAGCCGCCUUACUACUACGGCACCUCUCGGUCGCCGCUGGAAGGGGAUUAUUACGAGUCCCUGGACCGACCCAACGUGGACAUCAUCGACGUGAGGAACCAGGGGUGGCGGUUCAACGAGACGGGCAUCACCACCGACGACGGCAUCAGUCGUGAGUAUGAUGUUGUCAUUCUGGCCAUGGGAUUCGACAGUUUUACCGGUUCAUUUACCCACAUAGGCCUGAAGAAUGUCGACCCCGUCGACAUGAAAGAACUCUGGGAGGACGGGAUUCACACAUACCUGGGCAUGUUUACCCAUGGAUUCCCCAAUAUGUUCAUGAUCUGCGCACCACAAGCGCCCACAGCCUUCACCAACAACCCGACCCUGAUGGAAUGUCAAUGGGACCUACUCGAAGACGUUGUCCGCAAAAUGCAAGACGAUAAGUUCAAAUACAUCGAGCCGACUCUCGAGGCCGAGGAGGACUGGAGACACAAGGUGACGUCGGCGACAGAUGGUAAUCCUGUUCCCGUGGAGAACAUGACCUACAUGAACGGCAUCGAUGUCUUUGUGGUCGAGGCGGCCGAGAAACUCAAGGACCUGAGGGACAUUGUCCAGGAAAGGCAACUGGGCGGUAACCUCGUGCCACCUGCGUGA